AUAUAGAUAUAUAUAUUCUCACCAAAGUUAAGAAAUUGUUUAUGUAGUUCUCUUUUGCCACUCUCUAGCUCGCUAUCUAAUUCGCUCAUCCUCUUGUUAAUUUGGAAUUAAGAAAUGGCAAAGGAAGGUCUUGGACUCGAAAUUACGGAGCUAAGGUUGGGGUUACCGGGUUCGGUGGACAAAAAUGAGAAGAAAAGGGUGCGUGAAAGUACCGGUGACGAGAAAAUUAGCCAGAUGAAGGGUCAGGUGGUAGGAUGGCCACCGGUGUGUUCUUAUCGGAGAAAGAACAGUUUCGGCGAGAAAGAAAUCACUGAGGCAUCGAAAAUGUACGUGAAAGUGAGCAUGGAUGGAGCGCCUUUCCUUCGGAAGAUCGAUUUGAGCAUGCACAAAAGGUACUCGGAUCUUGCCAUGGCUUUGGAGAAGCUCUUCGGUUGCUUUGGAGUCGGUGAGUGCUUCUUAACCAGGCUGCCAUGCAAAAUUAAGUAUGUUAAUUAAUUACCCCUUAAUCUUAAGAAGGAUGUUUAUUGAAACAUGCAAGAGGCUGAGGAUCAUGAAGAGAUCAGAUGCAAACGGGUUUGGGCUGCAGCCAAGAGGUGAUAUCAAGGGUUCUUUAAGAAACAUGAAUGAUGAAGAGAAAUGCUUCAAGUGCUUUGGAGAAAAUUAAUUAUAUAUAAUUAAUUAGUUUGAAUCUCCAUUAUCCUAUACAUCAUUCCAUGUUUACAUUUCGUUAUUCAAGUAUGAAGACAAUUCAAUCUUGACUUUGAUGUUUAAUUUUUGGGAUAGAACCCUAGACAAAUCAACUAUAUAUAUAAUAAUUUGAUGCUUUGAUGUAAUUUGUGUUUUAAGUUAUAAAACUUUGAGUUAAGU